UAUACACGAUAUAUGUAUAUAUAUCUAUGUAUACAUAUACUUAUAUAAUGCUUAAAAAAGUAACACUUUUCUUUUAAUCAAGAGGGCGCAUUUAAACUUCCGGCAUGUUUUGCGGUUUGAACGCAGCUUUUCGCUCUGUUAAAAAUUCCUUUAUAAAAGGUUUAAAUAUGCAAAAUAAAGACUCAGAAGAAGGUAAAUAAAUGUUUUAUUACCAUUGCAAUGGAUAGUUGUUGAAUUUGUUUUGAAAAAAGUGAUUAGUUGACUUACUUUUAGUGUCGGAAUCGAGUCUCGGACCAUCGAAGGAGGUUAUCCAAAAGAACGAAGAACCUAUUCUUCCUUGCUGUUCGUUAUAUGUUAACUAUAUUAUCUUUUUUACUUAAUUCCCUUUUCAUUUCCAUUCCUUUCUUUAUAUAUAUAUAUAUAUAUCUCCCUCUCCCUGCUUCUUUUCUCAACAUAUAAUUUUAGUCCUUUUCAUUGUCUAAUACAGUUUCGGAACACGUUACCAUGGACCAACUAAGAAAGAUGAAAACUGGACAAUUAUCGAGAAUAUGUCAAGAUUUAGAUAUUCCAUCAAGAGGUAGUAAAGCUGUACUUAGAAGUCGUAUUAUGGCAAUGCAACAGAGCGUAAAUUACAGGAACUUUGGCCCGAGAAAGGGAAGGGGAAUACUUGGCCAUAAAGUCGUAUGUUGCAUUCCUGGAUGCAAUAACUUCUCUGGUCAAGUCUUACCGGAUGGACACGAAAUAUCCCUUCAUCCUCUACCAACAGGUCCAAAACGUGACCGCAUUAGAACUGAAUGGAAAAGGCGUCUAGUCAACGCUGACGUUCGCCAUAUCACUGAUAACAUUAGGGUUUGUUCUACUCACUUCACGAAUAGAGUAAUGAAUGUUGAUUCUAUUCCAACGAUAUUCCCCAGAAAGUUGGAUAGAAUAGAAUUGCCCAGUCUUGAACUUAUGGGCGAAGAUGAAGAAUUUGAAUUAUUUACACCAAGAAUAAAGAAGCGAAAAUGUAGAAGGUUAUACUUUAAAAAUUUACGAAAAGACUCACCAAGAAAUGAGUCAUUCCCAGGCCCGUCCAGGAUGAAUUGGUUUUGACUUGAAAAGGAAAAAAAAAAGAAAAAAGCCGAAAAAAAAUAAAAAAGAAAGAAGAAAACAAGGUUGUUAUUUAGGUGAAAUACAUAUAAAUGUUUAAUGCAUAUAUAGAUAUACAUAUAUAUAUGUAUAAGGUAUACUUGAUUAAAAAUCAAAAAGUUGUAUUAAUUGUACUAUCUGUUAGGGUUAUAACUCCCAUAUAUAUACAUAUAUAUGUAUAUAUAUAUACAAGAUUAGUUUGAGAAAGAGAUAGAGAGAGAAAGAGAAGGAGAGAGGCGAAAGGAAGAAAAUUAUACCUUUGAUAAUAACUUUUUUGUUCUUCCUACAAUGAUAUUAUUGUCGAUUACUUUACGUCAACGUUUAUAAACGCUAAAAAAACCGUCAUGGUUUCCAUUAACCGUGAUGGAGUUUUCUUUCUCUCCCUCCCCCGCCCUUUUUAGAUUUAUUUCUUUUCUUAUUUCUCUCUUUCUCUCUUUUUGGAUAUAUUUGAUGAACAAAUUUGGAUAAUAAGUCUAUAAUUUCUUAUUUAAUGUAUUCCGUUUAUUUUGUUCUUUUUUCCUUUGGAAUUGUUUAUUUAUUAAUCUAUUCUUUCUUUCUUUCGCUCCUUCUUUAUCAUAUGUAUUAGUGUACAUUUAUUUAAUAAAGAGUAUAUAGCAUACGUCAUGUUAUUGUCUUUGUUGACCCAUCUGUUUAUGUCUGUUGUUUGUCACACACACAGACUUAUAUAUAUAUAGAUGCAUAUAUAUAUAUAAUAUGCUUGUGUCAGCAAAUAUUUGAAUAUAUUUUGAAUAAAAAGGUAAAAUUUAAAGAAAGCAAAAUUAAA